UUGAUGCACACACUGAACCGAACCGACCCUGGUGGGGGCAGAGAAAAGGAGGGCAGAGCUUCGGAUCCAGAGCGUUUAGAGAGAUCUCACAGUGGAUGUCUAACAGGUUUACCCUCCUGAAGAAGAACCAUGAGGCUCAGAUCUCAGAGGACCGUUGGUUCUUGUUGCCUGGAGACGCCGCGGAGCAGCCGUCGACGGACCAUCAGAGCGACGCGUCUACCGGGGACAGAGAGCCCUCUAGCAGCCCAGGAGGAGGAGACCUUGGACAAGGAGUCCCAGCACUCUGAUGAGGAGAUCCCCACGUUGAAGAGGCGACCGCUGCCUUGUGGCCGGCCGAGGAAGAGAGCCAUCGCGGUGGAAGACAGAGAAUCUGAUGUGGCGUUCAAGACUCCGAUCAGGCCCGUCAUGCGUCAUGAGCGCAUUCUGUCAGAGAUCAACGCAGCGUCUCCUCGCAACACGACCGCCAGGAACAUCUACUCGCCCAUCGUACGUUUCCUCACACCCACCAAAGAGAACGUGAAGCAUGGAGCUACAGGGAACGACGUGUUGAUGAGCCCAGAACAAGGCGUGUUCGGGUUUGGCUCCAUUGACCUUCUGGCUGGAGAAGAUGAGGAGGAGGUCUUCAGUCCCUUCAUGUUCAUCAAGAACAUACCAUCACAGUCUCAGCAUUCCCGACCCCAACUCAGAGACAUUCCUCCCAAGACCAGGAGCACCCCCGAGGCCACGCUGGUGGUGGACCUGGAGGAGACCCUGAUGUUCAGCUCUCUGAAUGUGAUCGAGGACGCAGAGUUCACCUUCCACACAGCGUUCCAGGACCACCAGUACAAGGUGUAUAUGAUCCUACGACCACAUGUCAAAGAGUUUCUGCAGUCCAUGGCAAAAAUCUACGAGCUGUUUGUUUACACAUGUGCAAAGAAGGAAUACGCUGAGAAGAUCCUGGACAUCCUGGACCCGCAGAGGAAACUCUUUCGACAUCGUCUGUAUCAGGACGACUGCGCCUGCAUCCUCGGCCACUACAUCAAAGAUCUGGGCGUUCUGGGGAGGGACCUCUCCAAGACGGUGGUCCUGGACAACGCCCCCCACACCUACCCCUACCAUCUGAUGAACACGAUUCCUAUCAAGAGCUGGUGUGGCCAGUCUGAGGACCGAGAGCUGCAGAAGCUGGUUCCCUACAUGGAGAAAAUAUCUGCAGCUGAGGAUUUUCGGGAGGUGCUGAAGAAGAGGAAGGAUCACUUCCACCGCCUGCUGUCAGAGGACUAACGGACCCCCCCCCCCCCCCCCAUCUCGCUUUAACUACUUUAUAGGACUUUCACACAUCAUGUUUGCUUUCUUUAUGCUUUGAUAAAGGCAGAAUCCAACUGGAUGUGGCUGA